AUGGCUGUCGCCCGUGUGUGCCUCUUCUUGCAACUCGUGGUAGCAUUUGCGGGGCGCGAUUGGCUGGCCCCCUUCCAGCGGUUACAGGUCAGUGCUCCCAUGGUCGUCCAUGUGAUAACAGACACAUCUCGGCACAAUGCGGAUCUUGACAUCGCAGCGGACUAUAUGGGACUUGGAUGGACAGUCCAGUCCGAGGUUCAGCCAAUGACGUUCGGAUCCACCUUGCUGUUGGGCAUGGACGCGCGAGCCGUGCGACAGCAGUUCACUUGGCCUGCUGGUGGACAGAUGGCCACGCUGACAGUGCCGGAGCCACUCCAGGCUGUUUCAGUCACAGGUGGUGCAAAGGUCCUGGUGGAUAUCGUCACGGGGGAUCUUGCUGCAGACAGCAAGAGCAAUCUCACGGUGCAGAAGCUCAACUCUUCCGCGAACAGCUCACACCUAUUCAUUGCGGAUGAUGCGAACAUCACCGUCCGUUCAGGAGUCAUCGGGAGUGCUUACAUUCAGGCCCGGCACGGGGCUGUGGUGGACCUCUGGGAAAGCAAAACGGAUGCCAUUCUCAAUAUCAAGGUCGACACCAACUCCUCUGUAGUAAUCAAAGCCGAGCCGGCCGCACCCCCGAAGAAUGCCACCCCAGUGGCCAACAUUACGGCAAACAGCACGGCCACGAACCACACCAACGGCACGAUGCAGCCAUCAAACGCGAGCAUGACCAACUCUUCGGCCACGAAUGGGAACAGCACCGCUGCUACAUCCAACGCGCUGACCGCAAAUGUCACGCAGAACGGAACAGGGAAUGCCACGAAGUUGCUGAAGGACAGGUUUGUGGUCAUCCCAUAG